AUGUUCUUCGGCAUGUUCAUCAGUUCUCAUGCCAUAUACCACCCAGAAGUCCAGCAGAGUGCCCUUGCCGUCUUCAAUGCCAAGUUAUGCUUGGCAAUGUACAUUUCUCAUGCCAUUCUUUUCCUCCAGUUUUACCUUGAUGCCUUCUGCAAGGAGUAUCGAAGCGGAGAGGCGACUUUCCUAACUUUCUUCCACGCCUUUGCCGUUAUUGGCCUCGUGAAGCUUGUGGCGCACGAGCAAUGCUGGCGGCUGUUUGCAGAUGCCAGGGAUCAUCGCGUGCACCACAAGAAUAGUGACAAGGAAGGCGACCCGUACAAUGCAUCUCGAGGCUUUUUCUACUCGCACGUGGGAUGGUUACUGCUAAAGAAGCCCCAAUCCGUAAAAGAUGCUGGGAAACAACUGAACUUCGAUGACUUACUUGCUGAUCCCUUUGUUCGACUCCAACACAAGCUGGAUCCGUGGUGGAACCAGUUUUGGUGCUUCGUAGCGCCCGCUAUUUAUGCGCACUACAAGUACAAUGAUUUUUGGACGGGCUUCUUCGUACUUGGCUGCCUGCGUUGGUGCAUUUGCCUCCACGCCACGUGGACGGUGAACAGCACUGCACACAUCUGGGGUGACAGGCGCUACACAGUGGAAGGCAACCCUUGCGAGAGCUGCUUCACGGCUCUCGUUGCCGUGGGAGAAGGUUGGCAUGACUGGCACCACAAGUAUCCGUAUGAUUAUGCAGCAUCGGAAGGCGGUGUCUUUGACCAGUACAAUCCCAGCAAACUGUUCAUUGACAUUUGCGCAUGGCUUGGAUUGGCAUGGGACCGUCGGCGCGCCACUGCCACCUGGAAAAUGCUGAAGGCCGAACGGGAGCAGCAAGCCCUUGCUAGACAACAAAGGGAUGCAGAGGCUCGCAAAAACUGCGAAGCUCUCUCUGCGGUGCAUAGUCUUCGCGAAGUCGUCCGCGUCAAGAGUGCGCACACGAGCACGCUCCAGUCUUUGGCCCUUCCUGUACACUGCAACAUUAGCCGUUCCACGCCUCCCUGGCUGGUCUGCCUGCUUGGCACCACUGUUCUUGACGUUGUUUGUCGGCUUUACUUUGAUGAUCUCUUUGUGGCGGGGGCACUUGCUACUCAUGACGUCAUGAACAACAACUGCAAGUACGAUUUCCUCUGCGUGGCUCCAUGCGCAUUACGCUGGGUCAAGGCAUGUCUGGAUAAGAGGCACCGGGAAGACGAAUCCCAGCUGAUGCGUGCAAUCCACGUCCUGCAUCAUCGUCCACUAGAUCUCCAUUUGCUCCAGGCAGUUACUUUCGAGGUGCCUCUCCACAGGGUGCCAGAGGCGGUGUGCUACUUAAAGGAGCGUGUUGAGUCAAUGCCGGCUGAAGUGUUCAGCGCUUCGCUCGCUGAUGGAUUCGCAGUGGUGCACCCGGAAUCUCGGCCAGAAUACUACAAUUCUCUCGGACAGCCGGCCCAAGCGCGUCGUGGUGAAGAACCUGGGACGUCAACGAAUGGGGAGGUGGACAAGAAGGCAAAAGAUUUGGAUGAAGCGCCGUUUGCUGCAUCCUCUUCGACUCUUACGAAGCGCACCCGAGCUGUUGGUUCUUAG